CAGAACAGCUAAUCCCAUAAAUAGGGUUUCUGAUUGCACAUAGCUGGCUGUAACUGUGUAGCCCUUCUGUAUGCUUGCUUAAUUAUUGCUCUCUACUCUGCUACUUUCAUUAUCAUUAUCUCUCCAAAUAAUAUAUAUAUAUAUACACCCUCAUCCGCUUCCAUUCUCCACACCAUCCUGUCUCACUCAAAUCCUUUAAGUAAAACUACUAAAACAAGAAGGAUGCAGCGUCUGGUGUGGCUAUGUCUGUGUGCGUUAGCAAUGGCGGAUAUCGCCAUGGGAGCAGCUCCAAAAAAGCCGGUGGCUGUGCCUUUUGGUAGGAACUACGUACCCACCUGGGCAUUCGACCAUAUCAAAUACUUCAAUGGUGGUUCCGAGAUCCAGUUGUCUCUGGAUAACUACACCGGCACCGGCUUCCAAUCCAAAGGCUCCUACCUCUUCGGCCAUUUCAGUAUGCAGAUUAAAAUGGUUCCCGGAGAUUCCGCCGGCACUGUAACCGCCUUCUAUCUUUCCUCCCAAAACUCGGAGCAUGACGAAAUAGAUUUCGAGUUCUUGGGGAACAGAACAGGGCAGCCGUACAUCUUACAGACUAAUGUUUUCACCGGCGGGAAGGGUGACCGGGAGCAACGCAUCUAUCUCUGGUUUGACCCCACCAAAGCUUACCAUUCUUACUCUGUCCUCUGGAAUCUUUACCAGAUUGUGUUUUUUGUGGAUGACGUUCCAAUCAGGGUGUUUAAGAACAGCAAAGAUUUGGGAGUGAGAUUUCCAUUCAACCAACCGAUGAAGAUAUACUCGAGUUUAUGGAAUGCCGAUGAUUGGGCGACCAGAGGUGGGUUGGAGAAGACCGAUUGGUCAAAGGGACCUUUUGUUGCAGCAUACAAGAGUUUCCACAUCGACGGCUGUGAGUCAUCGGUAAAUGCUAAAUAUUGUGCGACCCAAGGCAAACGGUGGUGGGACCAGAAAGAGUUUCAAGAUCUCGAUGCUUAUCAGUGGCGCCGUCUCCGGUGGGUGCGUCAACAGUUCACCAUUUAUAACUACUGCACUGAUCGGAAAAGGUUCCCGACCAUGGCUCCGGAAUCAUCCGGAAAUGAAGCAAGUUUAAAUGCUUUAAUAAAAAAAAGGAUAUUUGGGGCCUUUUUCAGGAAGCAUCGCAACCUUGAUUUGGCCAUGAAGAGAACCAGCCUCCCUCGUGGAUUAUCCGAUAGGCAAAACAGCAAUAUUGACGCCCCUCCACUCCGCCUCUACCAAGUCUGGAAAGGAAACAACAUUUUUGCUUGCGGAGGUAGAUUAAUAUUUGGUCCUGAUGCCAGGUCCCUAAACCUUACAAUCUGCCUCAUUGUGGUUCCAGUAAUCUUGUUUUGCUCCCUUGUUUCUCAAAGUCUUUUGGUUCACUUUCCCGAUACUAUAGGCCUUGUUUUAGUAGCAAUUCCUGCUGUCUUCACUGUAUAUAUUCUUAUCCUUAUCUUCCUUGUUUCUGGAAGAGAUCCUGGCAUAAUCCCCCGAAAUCCACCAUGUCCGGAACCUGAUGAUGAUUGGGAUGCCUCUAGCAUCUCUACCGACUGGGCAACAGGUCAUAGUGGUCGAUUUCUACCACCUACAAAAAGUAUUAGCGUUAACGGAACAAUCGUUAGGGUCAAAUUCUGCAACACUUGUCUGAUUUAUCGCCCACCAAGAUGCUCUCAUUGCUCUGUUUGCAAUAACUGUGUUGAACGCUUCGACCAUCAUUGCCCAUGGGUGGGCCAAUGUAUCGGCAAGAGAAAUUAUCGAUACUUUUUCAUGUUUGUAACGGCAACAGCACAACUAUGCCUUUACGUUUUCGCCAUGUGUUGGGUAAACAUCAUCAUGACUAUGCAAUCCGACAAUAACACUGUCUCCGAAGCUCUUCUGAAGUCACCGGUAUCCAUAGCUCUCAUAACAUACACGUUUACAGUUUCAUGGUUCGUUGGAGGCUUAUCUGCUUUUCAUCUUUAUCUCGUCAUCACCAACCAGACUACUUAUGAAAACUUCCGGUAUAGAUACGAAAGAAAGAAGAACCCAUUUAACCAUGGAUGUGCGCACAAUUUCAAGGAAACACUCUUUUCAAAAACACCCCGUUCCCAAAAUAAUUUUCGGGGGUUUGUGAAGCCGGAAGUUUAUAUGCAGUUCAACAGUUCGAAAUACUUUGGGUAUGCAUUCAGCUUAAACUUUUCCAAGAAAAGCUAUGACACGGAUAUUUCUGAGGAUUCAAAUGAUUUUGAGUUGGAAAGAUGUGAGACGUUUGGAAUGGAUCAUUCAAGCAAAUGGGGCUCUGCUCCUGAUUUGCAUAGAUUGGCAUCAAAGUUUAUAACGGAAAAUGUAAGCAGAGAUAAAGAGAAGAGAAUUGAAGGAGAUUCAAGAGAAUAGAAAGGCAAAAGAGGUAGAAUAGGUGUCUUCCCUGUAAUAUGAAGAUGAGGAUUAUGUAAAGAUAGAGGACGAUUUUGGGACCCAGUUGUUUACAACAGACAACAUUACAACAUGUGAAUUCUAGUUGGUCUUUUUGAACAAUGAUUGUAAAUAAUGGCCUUUUUGAACAUGGGUGUACAAAUGGAUGUAUAUUACGAUAAUUACGUUUAAUGUAAUGUAAUGUACUAUUUUGUACUUUUGUAGAUGACCAUUUCACAAGUGCAUAAUAAAAAGUGAG